AUGUUAUCUCUAGAUACAAGCGCUGAUUUCAACAACCAGCCUCAUCAUGCGAUAUCCACCACCAUUCAGCUUCCCCUCGACGUAAUUCACUAUCUCAUCGAGGCUAUUGAUGUCCACGGCGGAGACUUUCGCGCCGACGAGGAAGAUCGCAGAUCCUUGCUUGCUGCUUGCUCCCUCGUGUGUCGCGCAUGGAACGACAUAUGCAGGCAUGUCAUCUUUCGCAAGAUCUCCUUCAAGAAGAGAUUUUUCUUGAUCUCUCGCCUUUGUUUCUUUCGCGACAAAGCCCGCCACCUCACCCAAUACGUCAAAGAGGCCGACAUAUCGUUCGAGAAUGAUUUCAACUUGAGCGUUCCUCGUAUCCACGGUUGGCUAUCAGAGUGCUUCGACAGAUUCGAGAAUCUGACCGUGUUGCACCUUGUGAAUCAUGAGGAUGGAUACUGCAUCUGUUACGGGGAGGUGUACAGCGGAAUCCUCCAUCUGCUCACCAAUGCUCGUCUUCGGGAGUUCUAUUUACAUCACUGGGUGUUCCAAACUCCCGACUGCCUUCUCAGCUUGCUCGAAUGCAGCUGCCCCACCACCUUGGAAAGCUUAUCGCUUAAAAAUAUCAAGAUGAUGGUGAGGGGAUCUCCAUCUAUUGGCCCUGCCCAUCUCGAGGAGCUCCGUAACCUGGAGGUAUACGACUACAAGGACAUUUUCUACGGCCCGGGGCAGGUCAUCGUCUGCCCGAAUCUGAAGACAUGUUCUGUCAACGACUGGCCCUUUCCAUCGUGGAUUGCAACGAGCAGGCUAUCCAAGCUCACUCUAUGUAACGUCACGCCCUCUCGCGCCAUUCCGGUCUUCAAAAGGGCAAUAUGCCCCUUCGAGUUGGUGAUAAAAAUGACAGUGGAUCCUGAGUCACGCGAGUACAGCACUUGGAUCGCAAACUGCUUGAAUAGCAUCCCCGCUCCCGACCAUCUUCGCCAGCUCUCACUGCACAUCCGUUUCUGCAUCUCAGAGACCGACCCUCUCCACUUCCCAGACUACGCGCCGUUAUCGCGUGUCCUCCACCGUUUCUACAAGAAUCAUAAAGUGGAGCGUAUUCAGAUCAAUGUCGAGCUAGAUUUUUGCGCUGUGAUAGCCUGGAUGUUCAGUGCCUCGGUCGGAUCGGCAGAGGUGGCAAGGCUUGAGGAUGCAUUUGAACUAUCGUUGAAAGAGGGUGUUCUAUCCAUCGAAUUUACAAUCCGGGGAUAUUCUCCUGGAAGGGGAGAAGGAACGUUCAUGCGCUCGCGUAUAGAACGGAAGUCUUGA